AGUUCUUCCUCCUAUGCCUCGACGGUCGCCCGUUCGCCUUUGCGGAUUCCUCCCCUUCCCAGCCUCGUCUGCUCUUCUUCUCUCCCUGGCCCCAGAGACGGCGAGCGGGACACAGUAAGGGAGGCCUACUUGCUUCGCCUCCUCAUCCUCGUCGGCGGCCUCACCGACGGCCAACGGGGCGCAACCAGGGACUCCUACUCGUGCUGUACUGCCGUUUUACUGUUUUUCUUUUUCUUUUGUGGGUGCGGCAAAUCGGAUAGCUGAACAAAAAUCUCUGGAUUGGAAGCAAAUCUAGGCUUCCUGGAUUCUGUUUCAUGCAAAGGGUAGUGGGGCAGGGCAAGUCGAGUCAUGGGUAAGUUCGAGCACGGCAAUCUACUGCUAUCUCUUAGCCAGGGACACUGGCAUGGUUACAGUCUUACAGCCGUUGCUGUUGCGCUGGGGAUAGGAGUUGCUGGGUUGUGCAGAGCGCUCAAUAGCAGUUUGGGCGUACAGUGGCUUCUCCGGAGGUUCUCUUCGGAAUCAGAGAGGCUGUACUACACCGGAGGCCUGCAAAAUCUUGGCAACAAUUGCUUUCUCAAUGUUAUCCUGCAGGCACUUGCUAGCUGCGACCAUUUUGUCUCCUCUCUAGACGAUUUACUUGGAAGUGAUGAUGUGCUACCUGAGGAACAGUCUGAAAGAAUGCCUCUUAUCCUUGCUUUAAGUUCCCUUUUAAAAGAUUUGAGCAGAGUUCGAGAUCAAAAAAUUGUAUUGAAUCCAGAAAGCGUAAUGCAUCCUUUGAGCUGCUAUGUUAGUCACUUCAAUUUGACCAGACAGCAGGAUGCUUCUGAAGCUUUUGUUCAUCUAUUGACAUCACUGAGGGAUGAAUUUUCCCAUUGCUAUGUACCAUAUAAGAGCUCUCUGGCAGACAUUACCAUGUUCCACUCCAAAGUAUACAAGCAAAGGGAAGGUAACCAACCUGAAUGCAAGCGCUGGAAACAAAACAUAUUCGGUCCCUUUGAUGGGACUAUUGGCAGCACAUUAUCUUGCAGAAAUUGUUCAUCUGUGCUGUCAUUGGACUUCGAGAAUUUUCACUGCUUGCCCCUCUCUCCCGUGGCUGAUAUAAAUGGAGAUAUUAUUAAUGGGUGUAGUUUGGUGGAUUGCCUGAAGCAUUUCACUGUGUUGGAGCAUCUUGACAAUUACCGUUGUGAUCAUUGUUGGCAUAAUGCUGCUUCCAAAUAUUUCUCUCUUCAAUCAGAAGUUGAUGAGGAAAAAGUUAACAAACUGCGCACCUGUGUCGACUAUGAUAGUUGCAAUUGCAAGCAUUUAUUUGGUCCAGAGAAAACAACAUGGUCAGUAUCUUCGAAAGCCACAAAGCAGUUGGCUAUCACUCGUUGUCCGAAGAUCUUGUGCAUUCAUUUGUUACGUGCUUCUAUUAGUUUUGAUGGUGAACUUGUAAAGCGUCAGGGACACGUUUCUUUUCCUUUACUUCUCAAUUUAUCCCCAUUUGCAGGAGGCACAUUCACCACUGGUCAGGGACCUGGACCUUCAGCUAUGAACGUACAAAGAUAUGACACACCGUCUCUCCAAUUCUAUCGGCAACUAAAUGCACACAUGCCCAUUAAUAUGUUAACUACUGGUGGGAACUCAUCAAGUCAGGCACCUAAGGAUCAAGUAACAAAUGGUGGUGUCCACUCACUUAAUGAGGGAAAUGUUGAUGUGGCUACUAGUUCUUCACCAUCAUCAUCGUCCUCAUCAAGGAUGGAGCUAUAUAGGUUAUCAGCUGUCGUUGAGCACUAUGGUGUAUGCGGAGGUGGGCAUUAUGCAGCUUACCGGAGAGUAGCGUCAACUCCUGACGCUAAUGAUCAAGUAGGACCUCGUCGCAAGCACUGGGUUUACGUCUCAGAUGACCAUGUAUCACAAGUGUCAGAGGACGAUGUUUUGGGUGCGGAAGCCACACUCCUUUUCUACGAAAGACUGUAGCAGCAGUCUGUUGAGUAGGAGACGUUUUUGGAGAAUUCGAUGCGGUAGCUUGUCAAGAAACAGUCCCUCUUUUAUUUGAGCACAAAAUAGCUUAGGAUGAAUGAAUCAUUCAGGUCUUCCUUGUUUUGUGAUCUUAUGCGUGAGACGUUCGCUGGUGAUAAGAUACGAGAAUCAACUGAGAGAAUCGGGCUUCUGGUGACAUGCAUAAGAUACUUGUUAAAAGUGCAUUUGAGAUAGUAAAUGAAGUUGCAGCUUUGAUAGUCA